UGGGGGCGGGAGGAAGAGGGGCCAGACUGGGGCCUGACGAUCCAUCGCCGCCGCCGCCUUCGCGGCUGCUAUGACCAGCGAGCCAGGCGCCCUCCGCAGCUCCGCGCAGCAGUAGUCCUGGCCGUGCGCCCGCCUUAGCCGUCCGGGUCCCCAGCGCGGCCGCUCCCUUGGCACCCUCGGCUCUUCCAGCACCGCCAGCGAGGCGAGGCGGAGGCAGGAUGAAGAUGACAGUGGAUUUCGAGGAGUGUCUGAAGGACUCGCCCCGCUUCAGGGCUGCAUUGGAAGAAGUAGAAGGAGAUGUGGCAGAAUUGGAACUAAAACUUGAUAAGCUUGUGAAGCUUUGUAUCGCAAUGAUCGAUAGCGGGAAAGCCUUUUGUGUUGCAAAUAAACAGUUCAUGAAUGGGAUUAGAGACCUGGCACAGUAUUCUAGUAAUGAUGCUGUUGUUGAGACCAGUUUGACCAAGUUUUCUGACAGUCUUCAAGAAAUGAUCAAUUUUCACACAAUCCUGUUUGAUCAGACUCAGAGAUCAAUUAAAGCACAGCUUCAGAACUUUGUUAAAGAAGAUCUUAGAAAAUUCAAAGAUGCCAAGAAGCAAUUUGAAAAAGUCAGUGAAGAGAAAGAAAAUGCAUUAGUAAAAAAUGCUCAAGUACAAAGAAACAAACAGCAUGAAGUCGAAGAAGCCACAAACAUUCUGACAGCAACAAGAAAAUGUUUUCGACAUAUAGCUCUUGACUACGUACUUCAGAUUAAUGUUCUUCAAUCAAAAAGGAGAUCAGAAAUCCUAAAAUCAAUGUUAUCUUUUAUGUAUGCCCAUUUGGCCUUCUUUCAUCAAGGAUAUGAUCUAUUUAGUGAACUUGGGCCCUACAUGAAGGAUCUUGGUGUACAGUUGGAUCGGCUGGUUGUGGAUGCAGCAAAGGAGAAAAGAGAGAUGGAGCAAAAACAUUCCACCAUUCAGCAAAAGGAUUUCUCCAGUGAUGAUUCUAAGUUAGAAUAUAAUGUAGAUGCUGCCAAUGGCAUUGUUAUGGAAGGAUAUCUAUUCAAACGAGCCAGCAAUGCCUUCAAGACUUGGAACAGACGCUGGUUUUCAAUACAGAACAAUCAGUUGGUUUAUCAGAAAAAGUUCAAGGAUAACCCCACUGUGGUAGUUGAAGAUCUCAGGCUCUGCACAGUGAAACAUUGUGAAGACAUAGAACGAAGAUUUUGCUUUGAGGUGGUCUCUCCAACAAAAAGUUGUAUGCUCCAGGCAGAUUCUGAAAAACUGCGUCAGGCAUGGAUUAAGGCUGUUCAGACCAGUAUUGCCACUGCUUAUAGAGAUAAGAGUGAUGAAUCAGAGAAGCUGGAUAAGAAAUCAUCUCCAUCCACAGGAAGCCUAGACUCUGCAAGUGAAUCAAAAGAAAAAUUAUUGAAAGGAGAAAGUGCACUGCAGCGAGUCCAGUGUAUCCCUGGCAAUGCCAGCUGUUGUGACUGUGGUCUGGCAGACCCACGGUGGGCCAGCAUCAACCUGGGCAUUACCCUGUGUAUUGAGUGCUCCGGGAUUCACCGGAGUCUUGGGGUUCAUUUUUCAAAAGUACGAUCUUUAACUUUAGAUACCUGGGAACCUGAACUUUUAAAGCUUAUGUGUGAGUUGGGGAAUGACGUUAUAAAUCGAGUUUAUGAAGCUAAAGUGGAAAAAAUGGGGAUAAAGAAACCACAACCAGGACAAAGACAGGAGAAAGAGGCAUAUAUCAGAGCAAAAUAUGUGGAGAGGAAAUUUGUGGAUACAUAUUCUAUAUCAUCACCACCUCCUGAGCAGGAAAAAAAGACUGUCUCCAAAAGCUGCGAAGAAAAGAGGCUGAGCGUUUCUAAACCUGGGCCAGGUGACCAAGUCAGAGUAGCUGCCCAGAGUGCAGUGGUUGCUGUUAAUAGCGACGAGGCCAGGCGGGAGUCUCUGUUCUGUCCUGAUGAGCUAGAUUCACUCUUCUCCUACUUUGAUACUUCUUCAAAACUGCGUAGUAUCAAAAGUAAUGACAGUGGAAUCCAACAAAGCUGUGAUGAUGGAAGAGAAUCUUUACCCUCCAUGGUGUCAGCCAAUAGUUUAUAUGAGCCUGAAGGAGAAAGGCAAGAUUCUUCUGCAUUUCUUGAUUCUAAACAUCUUAAUCCAGGACUUCAGCUUUAUAGGGCUUCAUAUGAAAAAAACCUUCCUAAAAUGGCUGAGGCUUUGGCUCACGGUGCAGAUGUGAACUGGGCUAAUUCGGAGGAAAACAAAGCAACACCACUUAUUCAGGCCGUAUUAGGGGGUUCUUUGGUGACAUGCGAGUUCCUCCUACAGAAUGGUGCUAAUGUGAACCAAAGAGAUGUACAAGGACGGGGACCACUGCACCAUGCCACUGUCCUAGGGCACACAGGGCAAGUGUGUUUAUUUCUAAAACGAGGUGCCAAUCAACAUGCCACUGAUGAAGAAGGGAAGGACCCUUUGAGUAUAGCUGUGGAAGCAGCCAAUGCUGAUAUAGUGACCUUGUUACGUUUAGCAAGAAUGAAUGAAGAGAUGCGGGAAUCAGAAGGACUUUAUGGACAGCCAGGUGAUGAAACAUACCAGGACAUUUUCCGUGAUUUUUCCCAAAUGGCAUCCAAUAAUCCAGAGAAACUAAAUCGUUUCCAGCAAGAUUCACAGAAAUUCUGAAUUUUUUUAAGAAGGAGAAAAUAUUAAAUCUGAUGAUCCCCUAAUGUGUACAGCUGAAAACUCACAAGUUUUUACUGCUUUAAGUCUACUUUACUUCAUUAGUUUUGGUAGAUAUUGAACAGUUUAGAAAAAAGGUACCCAUUCAUUGAUACUUUUUAUAAAUUAAAAUAUAGAUCUCUAAUAGUUGGGAGAGACACCUGCUUCAGGACCUCUUUUUUCUUUCUUAAAAAAGCCUGUUCAAUAGGCUGUUUUGUACAGAUUAAAGUAAAAGCUAGACUUAGGCUAUCUCUAGGUUAAGGGGUCUAAGCGUCUAUGAUGCUAAGGGGUUAGACAAAUCUCUUUUUUGCCAGUGGAUGGUAGCAUUGAUUUCUCUGUGCAUCGUGCCGGACCCAUUCAGUCAGCAUAUUUGCCUUGAGUGGGAGUCAACUGUCCUGCCUGCCUCAAGAAAUGCCUUUUUUUAAACUUUCCAAUGAUUUUUGGUGGUUCAGAACUAGUGUGUUUUUGGUGGUUGUUAUUUUUUUUCAUAGAUUAGCUGUCAUACACACAAUAUAUGAUUUACUUAUUAGAAAUAGAGAAUGUGUUUUUCCCCAUUUACUCAUAAAUGCAGUUCUAGAUGUCAAGUAAUUGUCCCAUACUUUAGCGUAUAUAUAAUGGCUGUACAGGUAGACAUAGUUCACUUCUUUAGAUUUAUUCCACUUUAUGAAGAAAAAAGCCCUCGAAAUGUUUUUUUUGAUCACCAAAAGAGACUCAGCUGUAGAAGUUGUAGUUCUUCAUUGUUGGGUUGAUGUCAUGAAAACUUGCCAAAUUUAUUGAGAUAAUAAAACUGUGUUUCAGAGGUUACUUGAAUGUUGCAAAAUCAUGCUUUCAUCAGAAUGUAACUUUCAAAGAAAAGUUGAUUUGUAACAAUAUAUAGGAUAUUUUUUUAUUUGAAAUUUGUCCUUGUCGAGAUACAUUUUUGCUAUUGCUCCUAGUGAAAGAAAAAUCUGUCUAAAGGAGGAAGAAUCUCUUAUGUUUUUCAUAGUUUCUAUAGCAAUAACUCACUUGUUAAUUUUUUUCUACCUCUGUCCUAUGUGCAUGUGUUAGACACAGUGUACAUUCUUUUUUAAUUAUAUCACCUACAAUAGCUUUAGUAUUCGUUUACGAACCACAGACCCUUUAAUAUUCCAAAGCAUUAUGGAUAUACUUAUUUACCAUCUAUGUGUAUGCUACAAGUUAGUCUGAUUCCAGCUUUGACUGUCUUGUCAGGAGUAUAGAAUAAUUUAGUAAUUUGCUUUAUGUUCCCUUCUUAGUAUAGUCAUUCAGUGUAGUCAAGUUUGUUCAUCUUUUACAAACUAUGUGGAUAUUACCAAAUACUCAGUCUUGUAAGAGAGAUUUUAAAACUGGAUUAUCAAAAAGUAGAGAAAUUAUUUUUAAUUGGGUAGAUAAUAAAUUUUCUAAUAUUUCCCCCUGAUAACUAGGGAUUUAUAAAUUGAUUAAAUAUCAAAUCAGAAUUAUACUGAAAUAAAAUAAUACCACAGAAAAGACUCCAUAAUUUGUUUGGCCAAAUUGCAUGUAUGCAAUGGCUGUUCAGUAACAGUCACUGUAUAUUAGAAUAAGGAUAAAAACACAUUUUAUACAUUUAUGAAUUAUUUCCAAGGAAGGGCUAAUUCUAAACCAUUGCAUUUUAGUUACAACAAAAAUUGGGACAUUAAAUCUUUCCUGUUUCACCUCAGAGUCACAAAUCAUCUGGGUUUUUAGGUACUUUACCUAAAGACAAAAGUCUGAUUUGUAACAUUUUUAUUAGAGUGUGCUUUGAAAUAAAUUGUCUGAAAAGCUCAAGGAUAAAGAAAUACGAGAAAAAAAAAGUGAGAGAAAUAAAGAGAAAAGGAAAGAGGAGAGAGCCCUACUUUUCCUUUGCAGUGCCUACUCCUGUUUUAAUCCUAGGACUUCACUCUGAGAGCUCCUGGCUUUUGUUGUCCUUGUUCUGAGGCGGCCUAGGCAGCUUUCCUCUUGGAUCCAGCUACUGGCGCUUCAGAUCACCCCUGGGAUCUCUGUGGUGGUGAGGGCAAUUCCUUAUCACACGCUUUCCUUCUGUGGCUUGAGUCAUGAGCUGUUCAUGUGGCAGUGAUUCGUAUCUACUCAAAUUUAAUGGUUAGAGGUGUGUUUGAAGUGCACUAAAGAUUAUCAGGACUCUGGAUCUCCUCAGAGAAAACAAAAUCUCUGAUAGUGGAGAGAAGCUGGCCCCACCAAAAUCCAUUUCUAUGGCUUGAUUUCUUGACUAUGCUGAGACUCAGUUUGGACUAUUUUGGCAGAAAUGAUGGCGUGAACAGCAAGACUUUGAAGUAAAUUAAUAGUUAUAGUUACAAGGUAGGUUGGCUUUUAGGUGAAUUUAACUGUGUCAACUAAUAACUUUUAUUGUAUAGUAUGUAACAAGUCUGAGUUUUAGUAUGCUGUGAAAUAUUCAGUGCAUUAUGAGAAAUUACCGUGUAAACAAUGUUAAUAAUACUCUUGAGCUUCAGAAGUCAUUGUGAUUGCCCUUUGUUUUCUUUCCAUGACUGAUCUACAGAUAUUACUUUAUGAUUCCUUAUCAUCAUUCUGUUAGCUCAUUAACUUAAAAAAUUAGAUUAUUAUCAAAAUAGGAAUAGCAGUACUAAAUAUGAAGAGUUCAUAAAAUACAAUUUCAUGUUAGAACUAGAUUAAAGGUAAUUGAGUAGUUAUUUGUAAUGCUUCAUUGCAACACUAUAUCUAUGUUUAACAUUAAUAAGGUUUAAAAAUUCCCUUGGUACACUCCUUAGAAAUUUGGAAAUUUCCAGAGAUUCACUACAUUACAGUGUUUGCCUAAUUUAUGCUGGUCUUCAUGGUAGAUUUUAAUGAACUUAGAUAUUUACUUUCUAAAACAUGCAGAUUUAAUUUGGAAUAUGUCCUUUAGUUCUUCAUGAAUGUAUUUUGAAAAAAAAUUUUAUACCUUCACAGGGUGGACAACUUAAGUUUGUGAUAUGUUAAGCAGUAUUUUAAAAAUACAAUUUUAUGCAUGUAAAGUAUGGUCACAAUAAACCAAAUUGUAUUUAAGACUAAAUUUAUUACCCAUUUUGAAUAAUAAGACAUUCCCAAAACACUCUUAUAUUGUCAAAUUAACUUUUCUGUUUGAUAGUACUUUCAGCCAUGGACAUGAGCUGGGAAAAUGACGUAUUUUUAUGGAAUUGUAUAAUGACUUCUGAGCUACAUGAUACAGUGGAAAGAGCACUGGACUGGUGGUCAUCACCUUUUUGGAUUCAGGGCUCUUCACAAAUAAAAUGAGUGGGAUGAGAAAAGGUGAAAAUACAAUAUCCAUUUUUAUAAUGUUUUGCUGUUUACAAUGUAUUUUGACAUUACUUUAUCUCACCUGAUUCUCUCAGUAGGACUUUGAGAUCUGAAUCUAAGAGUUCUGACAUUGUCUCCUCUUUUGAGCCUAGUCUGCUCCUCUUGUUUUACAGAGGAGGUCGCUUGAUUUCCUAGUAGGUAGCAGAAGUGACCAGAACCAAGGCUAGUCAGAGGCAUUUUCCUGGUAUCAUGAAGUGGUUUGAAAUCCUUAUAAAGCAGCAAAAUCUGAUAAUAACUGCAAGCUUUCCUUGUGUUUUGAUAACAAAGACUCCAAAUAUUCUGGAGAACUUGGAUGUAAUAUUACCUUAAAGGAAUAGAUUAAGAUUUGAAGAUGAAUUGUACAUUUUUUACAGUAACAAACUGAUGAAAGUAAAACAUUGUACAAGUAAUUUUGAUUCACCAUAUACUUAUCAAUUUCUUGAUGCUUCCAAAUGAUAGAUAACUAAGAGAGGCUUAGGUUCAGUGUAGCUGAAUCCUGACAUCUAUAGUAAUGGUUUUGUUAAUGGACAUUAUUUUCUGUUUAUGUAAAUUUAUCCAGUUAAUAUGGACUAAUGGGGGAAAAAGCAGUAUUCGAUUAAACUUUUUUCUGCAUUGGUCUUUUCACUAUCUUAUGUUCUAGAUUUUCUUAUUGUUUCUCAACUCUCCUUUUGAGUGCUAAUUUUAAACAGGGAAAGCCUGGUUCAUUAUGAAGAUUGUUGACACCAUUUAUUUUACACAAAGGCUAAACAUUACUUUUUGAAACGAUGAGCUACUUUUCUAUAUGUGUUUACCUGUGUUUUGUGAUAUUUCUGAAUCAUUCCAGUCAUAAAGACUUAUUACAUGUAAUAUUUCUUGCUACCUGUGAAAAGGUUCAUUUUAAAGAAUGUAUAACCGACACUCCAUUUACUUUUUAUUGGUCUGUAGUGGAUUUGUAUCUAAUACAUGAAUGUAGUUUUACUGUAGUUUGCCAUUGUAAAUGGAGCAAAGUACAUUAUCUUUAUAGUUACUCUAAAAUGUAUAUUAUGUAAGAAUUGUAAAUAUUAUACUUGAUUAAAUACUUUGUAUGCUGAAAAAUUAUGAUAAUAAGUCAAUAAAAAUCUCACCUCUGGCAUAGUU